GUCAAAUCUGAACUGGAAGGACCAAGUGCUGCUGCCCUGUCGUGACUGCCCAGUUUGCCGGUGCCUGCGACAUCUCCAAAAUGCCAACUCAGUAUCGUAUCUGCACCUUGUCCUUCGAAGCUAUCUUAUGUGUCUUAGACACUUACAGAAUGUUUACGAGAAGUUUACUCGAGGGCAUGAGCGGCCUUACUCCGUAGAGGUGAGUACGGACUUCGGACGUCCUAUUCUUGGCCAGACGUGGACCAGAUUGUUCAGAAGCGCAUAUGCAGCAGAACCAUGUUACGGGCUUCUAAUGGGGGCAUCGAGUCCCCCAUCCCCUAAUUUCCAACCAAACUUGUCCUUGAAAAGGCGUUGCCGAGGGCCAGUCGGGCUCCAUCUGGCUACAAUUGCCCCCUUGCCAUAGGCUGGAUGUUGGCCACUGGCUACUGCGUCACCACCCAUGGCCCAACAUGCGACAUAGGCGGGGAAUGUCAUCUUCGCCCUUGUUUUUUCAUUAUCGAUCUAUCAUCAAAAAACACCUCAAUGAGAUAAGAGACGACUGAGCUCUUAUCAAGGCUCGUACAACCUCAUCUUAUGAACUGAUGAUUACUGACUUGCUAGUCUCAGCACCCGCUACAGGCUCGCUCACACCUUGUGUACUCGUAUCACAGGUCCUCUGUUAUCGAAACAAGAAUACCCAUACGCUCCCGUAUCUAUCCUACCUACCUGGUCAGGUGUUUCAUGAUAACCGACCCUCCUCGCUGACGCCUUCUUCGCUUCCCCCCAUCCUCGAAACGGACACAUACAUACUUGGCUAGUCAUAUCCUCGGUGAUUUGACCACCGAACCCCCCACCAAAUCUCUCCAAGAAAUACAUCUUUCGACUACCAUUACCUCGUCGUCGCUGUCCAGGUCAGACGCCCAUCCACCUGAUCUCGGUUGGGAACAACCUUCGUCUCCUCGGCAUCGUGCCAUGGUCUGACUCCACUUCCCAACAUCAUGGCCGAGUGUCGCCGCUCUGUUCUGUCAUGCGCUCGGUGUCGGCGGCGCAAGAUCAAGUGCGACCGAGCCAUUCCUUGCGGCCAAUGUAUUUCUGCAAAGUCUGAUUGCACUGGGUUCAGCUCCAAGGAUCAAGAUCCAAACAUUCCUCGCAGCAUAGUCCAGCACUUAGAGGCAGAGAUUGCAAAGAUUGAAGGCGAACUCGCCCGCAAUGGCCAUCUUGAGGAACUCAAUGCCUCCGACAUCCUCGCUGGAAUGCCCACAAAUGACGGCAUUCCCCUCGAAGAACACGGCGCCGUACUUCCCAUCCUGGAUCUGCCCCAACUUGACGCAGAGUCGCCUAGAUUGUCUCUCGCUGUCGACAUUCCGCCUGCAGUACCUGACUCGCAGCGGGACACCUCUAGGGACGAAAUCAUGUCAUGCGGAGAAAUUCAAGCCAUGAUCUUCGCCAUCUUACCAACUGGACCCGGAGUCACUGAUCUUAUCGCUCGAGUCCGCAUGAGCCUGACUCCGUCGACCGCUGUUGCAUCCGGCUCACCACGCGAUGCCCGCAGGAAAUCAAUAUCACGGGCUAGCAACGAAGUCAGCUGUAACAUGCUCAAGUCGAUUCCUGUCGCCAUCCUACGAUCUCUUAUCAAGAAAUACAUGACUCGAGUAUAUCCCAUCUACCCAAUCCUCCAUGCGCCGACUCUAUGGAAGCAACUUGACAAUGUUGUAACCAAACUUCAAGAACUCCCCGAGCGCCAUCGCACCGUGCCACCCUCAUAUGAUUUUCUUAUUGUCUACCUAAUGUUGUCAAUCUCUGCUACUUUGGGCUCCUCCCGCACCGGUCACGAAGCCAAACACAUGGUCUUCUCGGGUAGUCUGUUUGAAGAAGGCAUCCAGCACCUUUCUGACAAAGCAAAGAUCCCCUCGGAUCUGGCGGGCAUUCAAGUCACGUUGAUGGUGCUUCAAUAUGCAUCCAUCAAUCCGCGCCUCGCCAAUGUUUGGAUGCUGACUGGCGCCGCAAUGCGGGCUUGUCUUGAGCUGGGCCUCCACCGGGAGGCCCCAGAGGCCCUCGCCUUUGACCAACUCACCCUAGACCUGCGACGCCGGGUGUUCUGGUCAGCAUAUAAUUUCGACCGCGCCAUCUGUUCAGCUUUGCAACGCCCUCUCAGCAUUCCUGAUCAGACUAUUGAUGCUCGAUUCCCUUCUAUCCUAGAUGAUCGACACAUUCAUCCCACGGGCAUUGAUCCCACUGGAACCGAGACGAAAAUUCACAUGCUUCGCUGGAUUCAUUUCCGAAGAUUACAGUCCACCAUGACAGAGGUCCAUUUCCAGGGCAAACCCCUGGAACAAGGCCAAACUUGGGAAGACUGGCUGACGGCCAUGGAACGGCGUCUCCAGGCCUGGUAUGAGGAUUACAACGACGGCCACGAACUCACCGAGUUUACAUUGGCACAUGGACUGACUAACCUUCAUCGUCCCUCCCCACGUGUCCCCAUGCCCGAGCCAAGGUCGUUGAUGGUGGCCUUCGAGGCCGCCUGCUCAUCAGCCAAAUUUCUGCGGGAUCACAUCCUCACGGGAUUCUACCGGCGUUCGUGGCUGAUUGCCCACCACGUAUUGGAGAAUAGCAUGGUUGUUCUCUUUUGUCUGCGUCACGGAUAUGACACUAUCAGUGGCCGGUUUAGUGCUCAGCAGAUUUUCGAAAUGACAAAGGUCUUUACCGCCAACUUUUUGGCCCUCGCCGCACAAGGGUGGAACGAGGUGAGCAAUUAUGCGGGGAUAUACGAGAGGCUGCUUGGGCCUUUACUGGAGUCGGUCUUCAGCAACCGCCCACCCUCUCUGGCGUCGUUCGGUCCAGCACAAGAUGCUGAACUGACGCGCCUUUUGUACCCCGGGCCUGCACAGCUUGACAAACUCCGGUUCGGUAGUCGGCCUGGUCACGGAGAUGGUGGGGUCAACAUGUUCGAUGUUGCAACCUUGAAUUGGGACGACUUCUCCAUGAGUGAUGGCAGAAGCGGGAGUGUUGACGGCUUUGUGGCGGGAUGGGACCUAUUUGAUCCGUCGAGCACAAUGAAUGGAGGCCGCAACUCCGCUGCUCAUGAUACUGUCUUUGGCAUGGCUUAGGUUGUGUGACGGAAAUACAUAACCUUUUAUCGAUCGUAAAAAGUUUGGCGCCCCUGAAGAUAUAGCAUGGAUAGCUGGUGCAAUUGAAAUUCUCUAGGUCAUUGUUAUAUGAAUACCUAAACACGUGUUCCAAGUUGGUAGUUUGUCUUCAGGCAAAGCCGUUGUCUGACCAUCAAUU